AUGCAGGACAAAUUGAAGAAGGCGGAGAAGGAGGUUGAGCGUACUCGUUCGAACUAUACCAACGCUUUGAACGAUCUGGACGCAGAAAGUCCUCGGUAUUUGGAAGAAAUGACAAAG